AUGCACAAAAACAAACUAAGUAUUGACCUUGUUGGGAAGAGGAAGAACCAUGGGAGGCUUAUGCGCCUGUCGCAGGGUGGGCUGCCUGCCCACUUGAGGGAAUUCGCCACAGGAGGGGGGGUUGAGUCCUCCGCGUUAGGAGCCCUGACGAAGGUGAUCGUCGACCCGAUGACCCCCUCACACAGACCCAACAGUGACAAAAUUUUUUCGGCCUACACAAAAAGCUACAUCCAUAAGGAGAGCGAACAGACUCUCAUUCUUUGUCUAAAGAGACUAAACGAGUUGGAAAGAAAUAGGAAGCUUGCAAAGUUAUCUCAGUACAUAUAUGAAUUGCAAAAUGUAGCCAAAUCGAAGGUGACGUAUAACGUGUUGAAGCAAAUAAAGUUAGUUCGCGAUUUAUUUGAGAAAGUCAACACACAGAUAGGAACAGGAACGGAGUCGUUAUCCCCUUCGCUCCUCCUUUCCGUGGCCAUGAGUUACAAAAACUUACGCCUGAAUAAGUAUACCUAUUUUAAGAACGUCCUGCGUGCUGUGUGUAGCAAUAUAAGGGUGUAUAAGACGAAUAAGUUAACCAAACUAGUCGCGUCGGAGGGGCGGGAUAUCGAAUCGAGUGACGACUACAAACACACAGUGGAGUUAAUAAAAAAGGCGAACAAACAGCGUAGGAACGAAAGACAAAUCAACAUGCUAAAUGUAUAUACUAAUCUGCUUAACAACAGCACUCUGAGUUAUAUCCUCUAUGCUUACUCCACUAUGUUUUGCUCUCCUAAUGAGUACAUUCUCUAUAUGUGUAAAUAUAUCCUCUUAAAUUCGUGCAUGCUGAAUCACUUAGACAUGCUUUGCAUUUUGCACUUUUUGAGAAAAAUAAAUGUGAAAAUUCAGAAGAACGACAUUGUGGUAUAUUCGAAUGGGAAGGCAUCGAUACAAGGUGGAGAGUUGACCAAGUUGGGUAAGGUAGACGUUACGAAAGACGAAGCAGGGUUAAGGAGUAGGGAUUGGCACAGCCAUGCAGAGAAGAGGGAGAAUAUUCAUGGGGACUAUCCCACCGUGGGUGAUGGAAAAACUGAAUUUCUGGUUAACCACACCAAUCAGCAGAAGAAUCGACGCGGAAACGACCCGUAUGAUGAACACAGGAACACUUACUUGAAACUGCUCAGAAAAAAAACUCAUUUUUGCGAAAAGCCAACCGUCUUAAUAUCCAUUUUGUACAAUUUUUACAAACUGAACUUGGUUCCCAUCGAAAUAUUUUACUGCUUUCACAACCGCAUAAAGAAGGAAAUAAAAAAUGCAGAGGUGAAGUCUGUUGCUCUUUAUUUACACAUUUUGAGUGACAUUCAGUUCGACCUUCGUUACUACAAACGCUUGUAUAGACACUUGGCUUCCGUUUUUGAGGGUCGGGAGAAGCAGUUCGAUCUGCUGUCCGUGUGUUUGUCCUUUUACUCACUUGCAAGGAACAGACACUACGACGAGUCCUUCGUGCGCGCCUGUCUGGAGCUGUUCCGUCGGCACGCCCACAACCUGAACGACGUAAACAUCACGAACGUGAUCCACACCAUGGGGAAACUAAAAAUCGUAGACGAGGACCUGCUGCAUAAGUUGUGCGAAGUGGUAACAAGAAGGAUAGAAAAUAUUUCUGCAAUAAAUCUGAGCCUCAUCGUUCUUAGCUUAGCCAAGCUGAAGUAUCAAAAUGGAGAGUUCUACCUUAUGUGUUUACACAAGGGGAAGGAGUUGCUACCCGCCUUCACAGACAAACAGCUAGUUGUAUUCACCUACGGAUUGGUAUUAACUCAGACGUUCGAUUAUCCUUUCAUGGAGACGUUCUUCAGACAGUACAUAAAAAUUAACAGCGCCUGUAAUAGGAAAAGGAGGCAGAUGCUGGGGACCAUCUGUUAUUGCCUAUGUUUGGAGAGACCCGCCUUUUUGAAUGACUUUCCCCUAUCCAUUAACACCUUUUUGAGAAAGAAUCUCCAUUUUGUACAAGACAAACAGGGUGGUAAGAUGCACGACGAGAUGGCUGUCAUUUUGAAACACCUACGUGUAGACCGAUUUGAAAUUUUGAAGAGAAAAAAACCUUAUGUGUUUGAUAUUUCCAUUGGGGGAGGAGAGACAGGAGAACGGGAAUUAUAUGUAGAUUUUCUGCUUCCGAGAAAACUCCUCCGCAAUUCGGGCAGCCUAAAUGGAUUCCAGCAAAUGAAGAACAGACACAUGGCUUUGCUUAAUGUGGAUUUCUUUCAUAUGGACGUAGACUCCUACAUGGGUCUGCAGUCCAUGCAGGAAAAGGUGAAUUUUGUUCGUCUCUUCCUGAAGGAGGUCUGCUGCUACAAUUUGAACCACCUGGGCGAAGCGGAGAAGGGGAAGAGGCAAGAAAUAGUUAGCUUGGUUCGGUUCGGCGAGGAGGCCCCUCAGGUGGGAGGUCAUUCCGGUGCUCAGGUUGGAAGUCGUUCCGCUGCUCAGGUUGGAAGUCACUCCGGUGCACAGAGGGACGGCCCGCCCAUCAAGAACCGAGACUAUCACAUCUUCCCCUCGUGCGCGAAAAUCCAAAAUGCAAAAAAAGGCUUCUACAAAAGUCACCCCGCGAGAGUGAACUACGAAGAGCCAUUUAAAAAAAGGAAGCAAAUUUUCCUCGACAUCGAUGAGGGGAAGUUAUUCAAUCGUAGUGACUUGGAUUCAGCGAAGACUUGGACAGAUCACAUGAAAGCACCCCCGGGGGAUACACAUGACGGCUCCACUCAUUUGGAGCACUCCUCCACGAAAAAGGAGACCUUUAUUUUUGGAAAGAAGUGUCACGGGUUAAACAAAUACGAGUACGUUGAUGAGCACAGUGGUAAGAUUAUUGUCACGAGGGGGUACGGAGUUGGAAGGUAG